AUGGACGAGCAGGAAGAUGAACCAUCCAACACUAGAAUUGACCUAACAAUCGGAGACAAAAACGAAUUAACAGAGGCUCAAGAACAAAAACCUAUCGAGGAAGUAGAGGAAAUAGAGAAAGUAGAGGAGGUAGAAGAGCCAAUGAUCGAAAAGGAGGACAUCGAAAACUUCAGUCAACAAAUAAUUCUAUUAGAAACACCAGCAAAUUCUCAAAUAGACCUCGAAAAAGAAAAAUCACCAGUUAAAGAAAUCAUAAACAAAUUUAAUGAUGAAUAUAACAAAUCAAUGGAGAAACCACCAACAAAAAUAAAAAGGUUAGCAACAUUAAAAUCAACUGGAAUAAUCCCAACCAAUAAUGGAAAGGUUAUAAAAUCAACAAUACCAACACCACCAAAACCAUCAAAAUUACCAACAAAACCAUUGCUGCCCCCAAAGAAAAAAAAAAUCAUCACAACUGAAGCAAUCGAUGAAGAAAAGGUUAAGGAGUUUAAUCUAAAACUCCAAAGCAAACAAAAAUAA